UUUGGAUAAUCAUAAAUUAUAAAUAUAAUAUUAUGAAUAAUUUAAGAGCAUUACUAUUUAAAAUCUAAAAUUCCUAUGUUCAUUUAGGAUAAUACAAAGGGCUGUGUUUAGAAUUUGAUGAAAGUAUGAAUGAUCUAAUAAGAAUUACUUGCAUAUUUGUCUGGUUCGGAGACCAUCGACCAUUUUUUAUUGAAAAAAUUAAUAGUGGAUAUGGAAAAAGAACGAUUGGGAUCAACAAUUACGAUAACUAAGGCUCUUCAACAACUGAGUAAGAUUAGACAGAAUGAUAAUAUUUAUUUAUAAUCAAUCCUAGGCAUUGCUGCAAGGCAUAAUCUCUGCCAAGCAAUCCCGAUGACAAUUGAUUUAAGCAAAAUAACAGCUUCGAAUCUAGUGCCUGAUUUGCUCUUAUAUUUGUCGUUGACUGAGAAUAGCGGACUGGUUGAAUUUUGCAAAUAGCAGCACAUAAAACAUCAGAAAAUGUAUUAUUACUUGCAAUCCAUGUUACCACAUGAAACCGAUUACAAAAAGGGUAAGUUCAUUUUGUAGGAAUCCAGUAUGUAGAAACAAUUCGAGUAGACUUUGAAUGAGCCCUACAUCAAAGAGUACGAGGUGGGAUUAUAUCAUUGUGAUUUCUUCUUACCAAACUCGAAUACGAUAGUGGAGGUUAAUGGGUAUAAACACUACAUUCACUUCAAAGAGAGGAAGACUGGUCAAUACCAGUAGAAAUAUAAUUACCUAAUAAAAAAGGGAUUCAAUGUUAGAGAAAUAGAUAAUAAUGAUAACCGUAUAUGAUUUAUGU